GUUGUUCUGCUUGUGACCCUACCGGAAAGAACCUUUGAGGUAUUGGGUACUGUUCCCUUUGAAGAUACAACUCACUCUGUCUCACUCUGAGGCCCCUAGAGACCUGCUAUAGCCUUGUGGAACGUGCUUACUGGUUGUGUAAAGACUAGAGACCUUAGUGACUAUCCCUGAACCUAAAUCGCAAGGUUGAACAACAAGUACUUCACUCUCUAGUGCUGUCUGGAAAGUAAAGGCAUAAAAUGGCGCAGGCUCUGCCCAUUCGCUUCCAGGAGCAUCUUCAGCUCCAAAACGUAGGUAUCAAUGUCCAGCAGAUUGGCUUUGCCACUCUGACCAUGGAGUCAGAUAAGUUCAUCUGUGUGAGGGAGAAGGUUGGUGAGACUGCUCAAGUGGUCAUCAUCGACCUGGCUGAUUCUGGCAACCCAAUACGAAGACCCAUUACUGCUGACUCAGCAAUCAUGAACCCCGCCUCUAAAGUCAUCGCAUUGAAAGCUGGCAAGAGCCUCCAGAUCUUCAACAUUGAGAUGAAGAGCAAGAUGAAGGCACACCAGAUGACGGACGAGAUCAUCUUCUGGAAGUGGAUCAACCUCAACACCAUUGCCCUUGUCACAGAGACCUCAGUGUUUCACUGGUCCAUGGAAGGCGAUUCACAGCCAGAGAAGAUGUUCGAUCGUCACUCCAGUCUUACUGAUUGUCAGGUCAUCAACUAUCGUACAGACAAGCACUGCAAAUGGCUGCUCCUAGUGGGGAUCUCGGCCCAACAGCACAGGGUGGCAGGGAACAUGCAGCUGUACUCAGUCGAGCGUAAAGUGAGCCAGCCCAUCGAGGGUCAUGCCGCUGCCUUUGCUCAGUUCAAACUACCCGGGAAUCCAGAGGAGUCAACACUCUUCAUGUUUGCUAGUAGGACUGCUACUGGUGGCAAGUUGCACAUCAUUGAGGUGGGCAACCCAGCUCAAGGCAACCAGCCCUUUACCAAGAAAGCCAUGGAUGUCUUCUUCCCACCAGAGGCACAGACAGACUUCCCUGUAGCCAUGCAAGUGAGCUCCAAGUAUGAUGUCAUCUACAUGAUCACCAAGUUUGGCUACAUCCAUCUGUACGACAUUGAGACCGCCACAUGUAUCUACAUGAACCGCAUCAGUGGGGAGACCAUCUUUGUGACUGCUGUGCACGAGACCUCCAGUGGUAUUAUCGGGGUCAACAGAAAGGGACAGGUGCUCUCAGUGAGCGUGGACGAGGCCAACAUCGUGCCCUACAUCACCAACACACUCCAGAAACCUGACCUUGCCCUCCGUAUAGCCACUCGUAACAACCUGGCAGGAGCAGAGGAACUACUCGUGCGCAAGUUCAACCUUCUGUUCAGCCAGGGACAGUACUCUGAGGCUGCCAAGGCUGCAGCCAGAGCUCCCAAGGGUAUUCUUCGUACACCUGAGACCAUCCAGCGCUUCCAGCAAGUGCCCACCCAGCCUGGACAGACCUCUCCACUACUCCUGUACUUUGGUAUACUCUUGGAGAGCAGUCAGCUCAACAAGUAUGAGGCGCUGGAGCUCUGUCGUCCCGUGCUAGCUCAGGGCAAGAAGCAGCUCAUCGAGAAAUGGCUCAAAGAGGACAAACUAGAGUGCUCCGAGGAACUGGGUGAACUGGUCAAACAGGUUGAUCCAACACUCGCUUUGUCUGUGUUCCUGAGGGCUGGAGUCCCCGGCAAGGUGAUCCAAUGCUUUGCUGAGACUGGCCAGUUCCAGAAGAUCAUCCUCUAUGCUAAGAAGGUUGGCUUCACCCCGGACUAUGUCUUCCUGCUUAGGAACGUCAUGAGGAUCAACCCAGAGCAGGGUACAGAGUUCGCCAAGAUGAUGGUAGCUGAUGAAGAACCAAUGGCCGAUAUCAACCAGAUAGUGGACGUGUUCAUGGAGAUGAACAUGGUGCAGCAGUGUACGUCUUUCCUAUUAGACGCCCUCAAGAACAACCGCCCCAGCGAGGGACCACUCCAGACACGCCUCCUCGAGAUGAACCUCAUGACAGCUCCUCAGGUGGCUGAUGCUAUCAUGGGCAACCAGAUGUUCACACACUACGACAAGCCGCACAUUGCCCAGCUGUGUGAGAAGGCUGGCCUCCUACAACGUGCCCUCGAGCAUUACACUGACAUCUAUGACAUCAAGCGAGCCGUUGUCCAUACGCACCUACUCAACCCAGACUGGCUAGUCAACUACUUCGGUUCUCUCUCAGUUGAAGACUCUCUGGAAUGCCUCAAGGCUAUGCUGCAGGCCAAUAUUAGGCAGAAUCUCCAAGUGUGUGUCAAGAUAGCCACCAAGUAUCAUGAACAGUUGACACCUGUGGCUCUGAUUGAGUUGUUUGAAUCCUUCAAGAGCUUUGAGGGACUGUUCUACUUCCUUGGCUCCAUCGUGAACUUCAGCCAGGACACAGACGUCCACUUCAAAUACAUCCAGGCUGCUUGCAAGACUGGUCAGAUGAAGGAGGUUGAGAGGAUCUGCCGGGAGAGCUCAUGCUAUGAUGCAGAGAGAGUCAAGAACUUCCUCAAGGAAGCGAAGUUGACUGACCAGCUCCCACUCAUCAUCGUCUGCGAUCGGUUCAACUUUGUCCACGACCUGGUGCUGUAUCUCUAUCGCAACAACUUGCAAAAGUACAUCGAGAUCUAUGUACAAAAGGUCAACCCAUCUCGUCUUCCUGCCGUCGUUGGUGGCCUCCUUGACGUGGACUGCACUGAUGACAUCAUCAAGAACCUUGUACUCUCUGUACGUGGUCCAUUCUCCACUGACGAGCUUGUGGAGGAGGUCGAAAAGAGAAACAGGCUGAAGCUGUUGCUCCCUCUACUGGAGUCACGCAUCCACGAGGGAGUGGAGGAACCCGCCACUCAUAAUGCACUGGCCAAGAUCUACAUUGACUCCAACAACAACCCAGAGAGGUACCUCCGGGAGAACCAGUUCUAUGACUCGAAGGUGGUGGGCAAGUAUUGUGAGAAGAGGGACCCUCACUUGGCCUGUGUGGCUUAUGAGAGGGGCCAGUGUGAUGAGGAGCUUAUCAGGGUGUGCAAUGAGAACUCACUAUUCAAGAGUGAGGCUCGCUACCUGGUGAGGCGUCGAAACACAGAGCUCUGGGCACAGGUCCUGGAGGAGAGUAACGAAUUCCGUCGCCCUCUCAUCGACCAAGUGGUCCAGACUGCACUCAGCGAGACUCAAGACCCAGAGGAUGUCUCUGUGACAGUCAAGGCCUUCAUGACGGCCGACCUGCCCAAGGAGCUUAUCGAGCUACUUGAGAAGAUUGUCCUCGAUGAGAACUCCAUAUUCAGGGACCACCGUAACCUGCAAAACCUGCUCAUCCUGACUGCCAUCAAGGCUGACAUCACUCGUGUGAUGGAGUACAUCAAUCGUCUAGACAACUACGAUGCUCCAGACAUUGCCAACAUCUGUAUCAGCUCUGAACUCUUUGAGGAAGCUUUUGCCAUCUUCAAGAAGUUUGACGUCAACACUUCUGCUGUUGAGGUCUUGAUUGAGCAUGUGCACAACCUGGAUCGUGCCUAUGAGUUUGCAGAGCGUUGCAACCAACCUGCAGUGUGGAGCCUCCUGGCCAAGUCUCAACUGGAUGGCUGCCUAGUCAAGGAAGCCAUUGAUUCCUACAUCAAGGCUGACGACCCAUCCACUUACACCGAGGUCAUCCAAGCUGCCAACAAUGGAGGCAACUUUGAGGACCUUGUGCGUUACCUUCAAAUGGCCCGCAAGAAGACACGGGAAACCUUCAUUGAGACAGAGCUGGUGUUUGCCUUUGCCAAGACCAACCGUCUAGCUGACCUCGAGGAGUUCAUCUCUGGACCCAACCAUGCACAGAUACAAGUGGUAGGCGAGCGUUGCUAUGAGGAGAAGAUGUACGAUGCUGCCAAGCUCCUCUUCAACAACAUCUCCAACUUUGCCCGCCUUGCCUCCACUCUGGUUCACCUGGGAGAGUUCCAAAAUGCUGUGGACUCAGCUAGGAAGGCCAACUCCACCAGAACCUGGAAAGAGGUGUGUUUCUCUUGUGUGGAUGCUCAAGAGUUCCGUCUGGCCCAAGUGUGUGGUCUCCACAUCGUAGUGCAUGCUGACGAACUGGAGGACCUCAUCAACUACUACCAGAACCUUGGCCACUUUGAUGAGCUCAUCACUCUAAUGGAGGCAGCCCUGGGUCUGGAGCGAGCUCACAUGGGCAUGUUCACUGAGGUGGCCAUUCUCUACUCCAAGUACAAGCCGGCUAAAAUGAGGGAACAUCUCGAGCUCUUCUGGUCCCGUGUCAACAUCCCCAAGGUCCUACGUGCAUCUGAGCAAGCCCAUCUCUGGUCAGAGCUAGUGUUCCUUUAUGACAAGUACGAGGAGUAUGACAACGCCAUCGUCACUAUGAUGGCCCACCCCACUGUGGCCUGGAGGGAGGCUCACUUCAAGGAGGUCAUCACAAAGGUCGCCAACAUCGAGCUCUACUACAAGGCUCUCCAGUUCUACCUCAAUCACAAGCCACUGCUUGUCAACGACCUUUUGAACGUCCUCAUCCCACGUCUGGAUCACACUCGCUCUGUUGGUUUCUUCAUCCGUCUUGGCCACCUCAAGCUUGUCAAGCCCUACCUUCGCACUGUUCAAACCAACAACAACAAGGCUGUUAACGAAGCUAUCAACCAAGUCCUCAUUGAGGAGGAAGACUACGAGGGACUCAGAAAGUCUAUCGAUUCUUUCGACAAUAUUGACGUGAUUGCACUUGCUCUGCAAUUGGAGAAACAUGAGCUGUUGGAGUUCCGCAGGAUUGCUGCCUACCUGUACAAGAACAACAAUCGCUGGGGCCAGUCCGUGGACCUCUGCAAGAAGGACAAACUCUUCAGGGAUGCUAUGCAGUAUGCUGCUGAGUCUAGAAACACUGAGAUUGCUGAAGGUCUUAUUGCCUGGUUCUUGGAGAUUGGCAAGUCUGAUUGUUUUGCCUCUUGUCUCUUCACGUGCUACGAUCUGCUACGUCCUGAUGUCAUCCUGGAGCUAGCCUGGCGUCACAACAUCAUGGACUUUGCCAUGCCCUAUAUUGUCCAAGUCCUCAGAGAGUACCUCACCAAGGUGGACAAGCUGCAGCAGUCUGAUGCUGAGAGGAUUGAGGAGCAACAGGAACAACCACCUGCUAUGAUGACUGAGAUGCCGCUCAUGAUCACCGCUGGACCACACAUGGGUAUACCCCCCGUGGCCGCCAUGCCCCCUCAGCAGCAACCUGGCUACUACUACCCCCCCCAGGGGCAAUUCUAGUCCACACACACGAUCACCUGAGUCGAGUGCUUGCUAGAAAAAAAGAACUUAUUAUUUCAUAGGAUUGUGUAUUCUGUUAUAAACGUACCUUGUGAUUAAUAGCAAAUGUUGCUUAGUUCAUUAUUAUAAUAUUAUUAUAGGUAGGUUUUCUUAAUACUGGAAUUGGCAUAUUGAACGCACGAUUGACGGACAUUGCUUAUUUGCUAAAGAUUUUAGCAGUUUUAGGAAAUGUUUGUGUUACACAGAAAAAAGUUCUAUCGUUAUAUCUAUUAAUUAUUAUUGUUGCAUUUAUGA